UCGGCCGCCGCCGCGAGCGGCGGUCUCCAUGGCAACCAGUGGGGCCUAAGCGAGGCCCACCGGCCGCCGCCUCGGCCCCGCCCGCACCCAGGUCGCGCCGCGACCCGCCCUCCGCUGCGACCCCGGCCCCGCGCGCGCUCCCGCCCGCCUCCCGCCGCCGCGGCCGCCCGGGCCGGACCUGACCGGGAAGCAGUUCCGGCGGCGGCCCGGCCGCCGUGACUCAUCGGCCUGCCCGCGUCCCCGGAUCGCGCCAUCUCGGCUGCGGCCCGCGCGGCAGACGGCGCCGCGGAGGAACCGCGGGGACCCAGGGACGCGCCCGCCGCCCGGCCCAGCGCCGCCGCAGGCCCCAGAACAAGCCCAUUCUCCUGUGCGGUGCGCCCGGCCUGGUGAGGUCCGCGAGAGAGGAGCCGACCCGGAAUCGGGAUCCCCGAGGCCUGCGUCGCCUGCACCUGCCGGCCGGCCGCGGUCGGACCUCUGCCAACAUGGUCCAACCCCAGACGUCCAAAGCAGAGACCCCCGCCCCUGCGGCCGCUACCGGUGCCCAGAUGGAUGACGUCAUCGACACCCUGACCUCCCUGCGCCUCACCAACUCGGCGCUGAGGCGGGAGGCCUCCACGCUGCGGGCCGAGAAGGCGAACCUCACCAACAUGCUGGAGAGCGUGAUGGCGGAGCUGACGCUGCUGCGCACCCGGGCUCGGAUCCCGGGGGCGCUGCAGAUCACCCCGCCCAUCUCGGCCAUGACCUCCAACGGCACGCGACCCAUGACCACGCCGCCCACCUCUCUGCCCGAGCCUUUCUCGGGAGACCCGGGCCAGCUCGCGGGGUUCCUGAUGCAGAUGGACAGGUUCAUGAUCUUCCAGGCCUCGCGCUUCCCCGGCGAAGCCGAGCGGGUGGCGUUCCUGGUGUCGCGGCUGACGGGGGAGGCGGAGAAGUGGGCCAUCCCGCACAUGCAGCCCGACAGCCCCCUGCGAAACAACUACCAGGGCUUCCUGGCAGAGUUGCGGAGAACCUACAAGUCCCCGCUGCGGCACGCGCGGCGCGCGCAGAUCAGGAAGACCUCCGCCUCCCAUCGCGCGGGGCGGGAGCGGCAGGUGCUGUGCCGCCAGCUGGCCGCCGCGGGCUCGGGCCCCUGCCCCGUGCACCCCGCCUCCAAUGGGACUAGUCCAGCGCCGGCCCUGCCCACCCGCGCUCGGAACCUUUAAGAGCCGCCACCGGCCUGGUUGCGUCGGCAAAUGCACUAGGUAGCCGCGCCCUUGGCUGCGCAGAAGCGGCCCUACAGCAGUGUCGUUCUUGUCGGAGGUCCCUGCCUGCCUCUCCAGACCUGUCCCUCUUCAGCCCCUCGGGCCCUGGCACCCCUCCCUUCCUAGUAUGUGUCCCCAGCCUCGGUGCAUGCUUCCCCUCAUGCUUGCCACGCCAGCUCCUCCAUGACCACAGCUCAGCCACCUGUCACAGGGCCUCCACUUCAUGCUCGGGCCCACCGACCCCUCCCAGCCUGAGUGCACCUGUGCUCCCGCUCCGGCCUCUGCAGACCCCACGGCCGCUCCCGACCUGGCGGCCUGUUCUCACUGACAGAAGGCACUGUGGCCAGGCUGGUGGGCACCUCGACGGGGGAGUCUGGCCUCCCACCCAUGAGUGGCGGCAGGCCUGCCAGGGCCCGUGUAGCAGGCAGGGCUGUCCUUGGUGGCCGAGUGGUCCCUGCUGGCAGUGUGGUUCUGGCACUUCUGGGGGCACGCUUCACUUUGCACUAGAAUCGCCGUCUGUAUGCCCCCUUGUUGCCACUGGGACGGACCAGAAAUGCAGGUGGAGGAGGAACCUGGAGGAUGCCCCUCCACGAAUGCCUGGCUCGGCUGCCGGUGUUCCCGUGGCACCGGGUUCCGGGGCCUGGAAGCUGCCGGCGGAAGGAGAGUGGCUUGGACCGCUGGGCAGCUCAGUCAGCUGUCGUGCGCAGCACGUGGUGCCCAGUCCCCUGCGGGCUGAGGCUGGGCGCGGGGGCUCAUUCUGCCGCCCUGGACCUCCGGUGGGAAUCGCCACAGCCGCUAGCGCAGUCACCCCUCCUCUGUCCCAUGUCACUUGUUCCCUUCUCCACUCAGGUGACAAGUGGCCUUCAGCUCAGCCCCUCAGCUCACAGCAUCUCCAGGUCUCCGGAGCCUCCCCAGGCCGGGGCUGUCCACCAGCUGCCCAGUCUUCGUCCAAGAAAACGGGCUCCUAGCUGGACCUCCUUCCUCGGGUGCAUCAGGCAGGGGCCCUUGGCCCUCGUGACCCGGGCAGGGCCUUGGAGGACACCCCGUCCUCACUGACGGGCAGGCUGUCACUCACUUCGCAGUCCUGAGGGACAGCCGUGCCUCAGCGGGGGACGGCCUCGCGCUUCCUCACGGGGCGCCCAGAAAUCACUUGCCAAAUGGCGCUCGCCCAGGUCCUUUGGGUGGUGAUGCUCCACCAUGUUUGGAUGCAGAUGAACUACACUGACAUUCACAGGGCCACCUGGACCGUGGGGGGCCAGGGGGUGUCUUACCCUGGCUUCCUCCGCCCCUGCUCUGGCCUGGCUGCAGAACAGCCUCUGCACCCACCCAGAGACAGGUCUCGGGACACCUAGGCCGGGCCCUGGGCCCUCUGUACUUCCUCCGAGUUUUGGUGACGCCGGGAAAAGUGACCGCUCCUGACGCAGCCACUGCCAUGCAAGGCCAGGGCGUGGUCACGGCCUCCGCUCACCGUAAACUCCGUUAGCCCGUUGCCCUGCUUAACAACUGCCUGCAUACAGGCCACAGGCCCCUGAGUCAGACUGCGCAGCUCAGGGGGACAUGGUGCUCAUUAAGCAUGAUGGGGGGCCGCAGUGGAGCCCCAAUUCCAGGGGUGGCACCUCUGAGGGUGUGCCCGUCACUUUCUCAGUGCUCAGCUUUCUCCUGCCUGUCUGCCAGGUAGAGGCAGCCCCCGAUGAGGGAGUACAGUGGCACCCAGGAAAAGGAAGCCCGCAGGGGUAACACACCUUGAAGGUUCCUGUUUGCCCGGAGACGCAGCAGGGGAGCAGGGCGGGAACGCUGCUCUCAGCAACCCCGGGUCUACCGAGUGGUUUGUAGAAACCCUGUUGGCAUGCUGGAGAAGUCCUGUCAGUCAUACUGCUCACAGCAGGACGGGCCGUGGGCAGGGCUGCCACGCGGGCCGCCCCCGCCAUCGCCUGGCCCUGUGUGUGGGGCGUGCCCCGCCCAGGCAGCUGCUCGGCCCCGUUGGUUCCAUUGCGCUGCGUCUCGGUGCUCGGUGCUCGGGCCGGUGCUGCCGCACCUCCGUGGCCGGGCUGCUUCCUGCAGCUGUGGGAACGAGCAGGUGAGGGAGCUGGCGUCAGCCUGAGGGGCAGGGUUCCUCCCGGUGUGGCUGCUCUCUGGUCUCCGCCAGCCGCUAGGAAGUGAGCUUCGUUUCCUGCCCGCUUCCUCCAGACGGGACUCGGGUGAGGGUGGCCUCCUGGCCUCAGACAUGGUGUGACCUGGGGAGUAACAGUCCUGCAGCGUGUCAGUGACCUCCAGGACAAGCAGGGACCCGCCUCGCGGUGCCAGGUGGGCACGGAGGAGGGAGCCGGGAGCAGGAGUGCAGGUAAGGCUCCUGGUGCGCACGCUCCGGACGGGACAGACCGCCCACCGGGUGGCCAGGACCCUGACAGCCCACGGAGAGCACUGCAGGGAGGGUGGGCAUGUACCUGGGGGCAGGCCCUGGGAUUGUAUGAGGGACGCGUGCUGGGGCCACCAGCCGUGAGCGGAGCUUAGGGGAGGAGAGCUCCGCAGCUCUGAGACCGUGGCUUCUGCGUGGGAAGCACCAGCUCAGAAGCUUAGCGAUGGCGGGGCUCCGGGAAGGGAGGUAGGGCGGGCCGGCCAGGUGGGAGGAGGCUGGGGUCAGGGCAGGCCCAUCCACCGAACAGCUGCCGUCUCCCGUGUCACUCAGGUCCCAACACCUGCGUGGUGGCGGUUGGCACGGCGCAGGCGCAGUAGGGACGGGAGGACCCAGCCCCUCACUUUCAGUCACCAACUCCUCUCCACAAGCAAGAUACCUGCCAGGCCUUCUCAGCAAACGCACAUCCUGGGGGUUUGGGAAACUAGGGUAGAGGAAAGUGAAAUGGGGCCAUUUUGGCAUUUGUCCUCCUGGCUCCCUCCCCCGUUAGCUCCACCUUCGCUUUGAACUGGUGGGGCUGCUCCGCCUGGGGGAGGGGCAGUGGGGCCAGCGGUGGCCACACUGUCACUCAUCUCUCACUCUCAGAAGUGGGGGAGCCUCUUUGUGCAUAAGCUUUCCCCAGUGUCACAUGACUUCCUUAGGAGAGCUCCCAGAGGGGGGACUAGAAUGACAGGAGGAACACCGUUGGCAGAACGGCUUCCAGGAGUGUCCCCUUGGCACUGCCACCAGCCAGGAGGAUAUGCCCAUCCUGCCGUCGGCUAAGUCACUGCUGACUCGAUGCCGAGAGAGCCUGGGUUUCAGUUUGCAUCUCUCUGGUGUGUGGCAGCCUGACGUCUUCCCAUUGGGCAGGUGUGUCUCCUCUCGUGGGUUGUCGGUGUUGGUCGUGCUCAGUACUUGGUCUGGUGCAUCUGUAUGAGCUCGUUGUAUAUUAAAGAUAUUAACCUGUCGUGUGUCA